AGAUGGAUAGUACUAUAUCCACAAUGAACUUCUUGAAAGAAGUAUUCCUACUUAUCUGCAUUUCUUCCGUAGCUCAAGGAGGGCGUAUCAUUUCAUCAUACUACACUAUGCCUAACGGAAAAGUAAUUUAUCCAAAUCAAAUUACACGUGAAAAUCUGAAUAAAAUUCAUGAAAUAGUAAAAGAAUGUCGAGGAAAAACGAAUAAUAAAACAGCUAUAGAAUUAUUAGCUGUUAGUGGAGUAGAAACACACCAAAAAAACCGUUUCGACGCGAUUGAAGUUAAGAACAGGGUUAAAAAUGAGGGCGAGGAUUAUUUUCAAUUCGAAAGAAAGAAAUCUUACGCAAUCGAAAACAAGAAUAAAGAGCAAAGCGGGGUGUUAUAUGAUGCAGAUUGCACGUGGCGUUGCAGAGAUUUCGGCAAACGUUGGUUAGAAAGGCAAUGUGAACAAGUCCUGGGG